ACCACGGCUCCUCCAUUUCGCCGUCUCCCUGCCCCAACGAACAUCCGGCAGACUCGUCAGCCUCUGCCUUUGCCGAUACCACCACCAGAACAGAGAUCCUGGGCUUCCAUUCCCAUCUUCUCUGCAGCAGCCACCAAACUCCACAAGACCACAAGCGCAAGUGUAGCGGCAGAGAGCAAGCAAAUGGAGAGGCUGAACACGCAGCUGUACCUGCAGAACUGCUACAUCAUGAAGGAGAACGAGCGGCUGCGCAAGGCGGCCAUGCUGCUCAACCAGGAGAACCACGCCCUGCUCUCCGAGCUCAAGCACUGCCUCGCCAAGACCAAGUCCGUGGCAGCAGCCGGCGCCGGCGGCAGCAACCACAACAAGAACGCCGCGGCGUCCAAGCACGACCUCGACGCCGCCCCGCCGGUUCAGGCCGGCGGCAAGGGCAAGCCGGCCCCCGCGCCCAAGUAACUUAGUGAUGACAAGCUGAUGUGUGCACGAGGUGGUGUUGUAAUGGCCUCUGUGGCGUUGGUUUAGUUGGCUCUGGAUGUUAAUUAUCAGGAAGGAUAAUUUGCUUGAGUUUAGUUGAUGGAGAACUUAAGUCUUGCCUGAUGCCCA